AUGGCCUCCCCAGCUGGUAUAUACGAAUACGAGAACAACUCUCGCGAUGAUCAGGCUGUGUUUGCUGCCCUUGCAUCCGACUACGAUGAUAGCACACCUACGACCACCACUUCAAUCUCAAGUCCUAACCCUGACUACCCGAAUGAGUCCAUGAUAUUGAGUACUAGGUUCACGCGUGAAUACUACGCCGACAAUCAGGAUUCGACAACCGAGAACGUUUCCACCAACUCCUACCGUGUCACUGGUCCUAUCGACGCGGGCGCUAGUGGUGAAUAUCCCGCAUCACUGGGUACUUUCGAUCUCCCUGCACAGUACACGGACUGCAAGUACUCCGGAAAUACCGACUCCGUAGGGUCGGUUACAUGCGGCUCAAAAAGCCUUCUCGUGGAGCGAGUUCCAUGA